UGGAAAGGAGGGCAGUUUUGGCAUCAAAAUAUCGUCCAACACCAAAGAUAAACUGCCAGAAACCAAAAACAAAUUCAAAGAUUGGAUGUACACAAUCUGGGAAUUCGCUAAAGAAGACACUAGCCGGGUGACAUUCCCUCUAAAAGUUGGACUUGCUGUUCUCCUUGUGUCUUUACUCAUACUAUUCGAAGCACCUUAUCAAGUGUUCGGCACCAGCAUCAUCUGGUCCAUCCUCACAGUCGCCAUCAUGUUUGAAUAUACUGUUGGUGCAACAUUUAGCAAAGGAUUCAACCGUAUGCUUGGAAGUUUGCUUGCUGGAGUCUUGGCCAUUGCUGUUGGUGAAUUAGCUUUGAUGAGUGGUCAAGUUGUUGAACCUGUUAUAAUAGGCAUCAGUAUUUUUAUGAUAGGGACAAUAACCUCAUUCAUAAAGUUAUGGCCAACCCUUGUGCCAUAUGAGUAUGGUUUUCGAGUUCUAUUGUUUACAUACUGCUUGAUCAUAGUUUCGGGGUAUCGGAUGGGGAAUCCUGUUAGAACAUCGAUUGAUCGGCUUUACUCGAUUGCCAUUGGAGCAAUCAUAGCAGUAGCAGUGAAUGCUCUGAUUUUUCCCAUAUGGGCUGGUGAGCAGUUGCACAAAGAACUGGUUCAGAACUUCUACUCAGUGGCAGAUUCACUUGAAGAAUGUGUCAACAAAUAUUUGGCCGACGAUGGAUCAGAGCGUCCGGAGUUCACCAAGACUCUCAUUGAUGAAUUCCCAGAUGAGCCUGCAUACAAAAAAUUUCGCUCCAUAUUGAACUUGUCGACUAAACUUGAGUCAUUGGCUCUUUCAGCUAAAUGGGAGCCACCGCAUGGCAGGUUUCGACACUUCUUCUAUCCUUGGAGUGAAUACGUCAAAGUGGGCACGGUCUUACGAUAUUGCGCAUAUGAAGUCAUGGCACUUCAUGGUGUUCUUCACUCAGAGAUUCAGGCAUCCUACAAUUUAAGAUUCGCAUUCCAAACAGAGAUACUAGAAACAACAAGCAAGGCUACAGGGCUAAUCAGAUGUUUGGGCAAAGACAUAUGUGACAUGAAGCAAACCCUAAAAUGUUCUUCAUUGAAAAGUGUCCACAACUCAACAACAAGACUCCAAAGAGCUAUCGACAUGCAUUUGUAUCUUCAUGCAUCUGGUUACGAACAAUCUGAUAACUCAUCAAAACCAUUUCCAAAGCUAUCUCAUACCCUCUCAUCCACAAUCUCUAACCUCUCAAACCAACUGGCUGAAUUUAACACAGAGAUUACUGAAGAUGAGACAAGAAGAAAACAGUCAACAAGGCAGUAUUCCUGGCCAUCACGAGACACAUCUACUUUUGAAAAUGACACGAAUGACAUUCCAAGGAUACGAGCAUGGGAGAGCACUGCAGCAUUGUCACUUGCUACUUUCACAUCAUUGCUGAUAGAGUUUGUGGCUCGACUUGAUCAUUUGGUUGAAGCUGUUAAUGAGCUUUCCAAAAUGGCCAAAUUCAAACACGAGAGUUUGUGA